GACUUAAGAAGAAAUUCAACAUUGCGAAGAUGUUAGAGAGCUAUUUUCGCAGGAUUUAUUAAAGAUCAGAAAUUCUGGAAGACUGUAAAAAAGUUAUAUGUCUUCAGUAAUUUUCUAAAAUUUUCACGUUAUUAACGUCAUAUUAGAAGCAGAUUGUGUAAAUAUGACGAGAAUAAUAAUCAAGUUGUAAUAAUGAAAUAUUACAUUGAUCUCGAGAAAUAUCGAAGCAUAGGUGUAUAUAUUGCCAGGAGAUGGAGAACUACAUUAUAUGGGGAUGUGUCAAUGUGAAAUCAAUCUCAAGAAACAUAUAAUCGCGCACACUAAAACUUGAAAGGAUGCCAUGUUAUUUCGAGCAGCUGCUGCGAAUCACUGUUACAAGCGGACGAUGAUCAUUCGUUAGAAAUGUCAGGAUUAAAUUCAAACAAAUUCGAAGGAAAAUAUCGUCGCGGGCGGAUGUAACAAGCGACAACAGCGUUGCAAGCGGAAGGAUGAGCGGCUGAAGAUGAGUGCGUCAGGUUAUUGGUGCGCGCUCAUCCUGCUCACGUUCACGCAAGAUUCCUUCGGCAACCACUACGAGAAGCUCCUCCAGGUCGAGAAGCCGAAGGGGUAUCUGCGGCAUCAGCAGAACCACCGCGCGUCGUCCUUCGUCGACCGCAGGCUCGUCGACGCGACGGAAUUCCGUGCCGCCGAGAUCCUCUCGACGCUCAACAGUCCCGCGGCGAUUCGCUCGAUCGGGGAAAUCGCUCGCACCGAGGCGGAAGUGGAGGUGGAGAGGGCGAAUCGUCGAUCGGAAAAUCGUCCGACGGUCACGUGGGAACGCGCCUUAAGCGUCUUCCGACCGACGGAGAUCCAUUCCGCCGCGAUCGCGCCGAUUCGUCCCGAUUCCGCGAAUCGUCCGCGCGCGGAAAAUCUCGUUACCGGUAUGGGGGAUCCCCGUCCGAUGGAGAUUCACCCCGCGCCGAAAUAUCGUUCCACGGAAAUCGCCUCCGGGAGGAUCUGCGUUCCGCCUCAGGUCGAACCUCAAGAGAAGCGUCCCGUGCGGAUUCGCUCGACGGAAAUGCGCUCGCAAACGGAAGAUCGUCGUUUCGCAAAGGAAAUUUCGCCGACGGAGAUCGGACCGAUGGAGGUCUUCCGGAUGGAGAUGGAACAGGCGGAAGCGUCGAGCGUCGAGAGAUCGCAGAUCCGGCACGGGAGAUCGAGGAGUCAUUUCGCGCGGCAGAAGAUGGCGGAGGAAACCGCGAAGGAUCCGGUGAAUAGGAUCAAGACCAGCGUUCGCGUGGAUCGCGAGAAUCACUACAAGACGCAAAGUCAAGUGGAUAGAGUGAGUGAUCAUCCGGAAACGUAUGUUUCGCUCAAGCAUAAUCAUUCUUGGCUUCUCGAGCGAAAUUUCUCGAAGGAUAACUCGGUCAACAGCCAAUCUCUCGAUCGAGUCGAGGAUAAUGUUCCGGAGGGACUGGAAAGUUUGCUCAAACUGUACCAGGCAAGAAAAGGAAGCGCGCUCGAGGAAAGUUCCGCCAUUCCUCUCACGCGUAAUCUUUCCCGGCUGAUCGAGCAAAAUUUCUCCAAGGAUAACUCGAGAAACAUUGAAUUCUCCGAUCACAGCGAGGAUAAAAUACGGAAAAAUUCCAACGGUGGUGCGAUCAAAGCGCGUCAUUCGGAGAAUCACGGCGUUCUGCGCUCGAGUCCCGAUCCCCUGAAGAGUCUCUUCAAGGACGAUCCCUUGAGUAAACUGAGAAAAGCGAUGUUUUCGAACAAGACCGUCGUGUCGACAGCCGCAAUUGAUCGCAACACGACCGAAACGCUCGGCAUCGAUACGGCUGAAGCGAACACCAGUGAAACCGUCCGCGAUCUCGAGGAGGAGGAGGUGAUCCUGCAGGAUGUCGUGGUGGAUUACCCGAACUUCGAGGAAUCGGCGAAUGCCUCCUUCCUUGAUCGGUCAGUUCGCAGAAGACCGCAGGCCAACCAGGUUGACAUCGUGACGCGUUUCUUGCGGAUAAUCGAGAACCAGCACACUCUGGGCGACAACUGCACCGCCGGCACCGAUUUGAAUCUGGGCGAAGGUGUCGUGGAUCAGUACGCACAAGAGAGAUUCCGUCUCGAGGCGGAACUCGCCGUCAAUCGCGCCAACAUGCUCACCCGGCUCUGGAAGUACGCGCCGGAAGUGAUGCUGUCGUCCGAGUAUCUGCUACACGCCAGCGUCUUAUCCAUGGUGGAGUUCGACGAGGACAUCUUCGCCGCCGGCAAUUGCUACGACAAGUUGCAGUAUCGAAAUCGCUGGCUCUACUGCCCGUUUGCUCACAGGUUGCCCAAUCAGGACGGUAUCUUGGUGAAGGAUCUCGCGAUAGAGUACAAGUACUUGAGCAACAGCAGCGAGUGGUUCUACAUCGCCAGGAAGAACGCCGAGAGGGUGAUCGCCAGUUAUGAGCAGUUCAGUCGUGGAUUCCACACCUAUACGUUGAACGAAAGCGUGCACACGGAAAGGGAGGAGGACGAAAUCCUGACAGUGAAAUACGAGGAUGGCAGGUGGUCGAAACCGUAUUACGACUGCGGAGGUGGUAAUAUCUGGAUGCUGACCUAUACGGUACCCUUCUUCGGAUACGUCAACGACACCUAUUUCUUCAAGGGCACCAGCGGUAUCGACAUAGACCUUCGCCGAGUAGACAUAGAUCAGUGCCCGUUGCCGGCCGGAUCCACGCAGCUGAACAUAUUCGCCGCCAGCGACAAGUGCAAAAAGCGCACCACCGAGUGCAUCGCCAUUCCCGGCCUUGGUUUUCGCCGCGGUAGUUAUCGAUGCGUUUGCAAACGAGGCUUCUACUAUCCGGACACGAAAUCGGACAAGAGGUACUACAAUGGUACUGUCAUAGAGGAAGAGUACGAGAAAUUGAUGAUGAGCGAGAAGAACCAAUAUGUCGAGGAUGGAGUGUUCGAAUGCCUGCCGUGCGCCGAAGGAUGCGAAUCCUGCGAGGACGGCUCGCCUUGCGUCGUAUCCCUGAACUGGUUGAUGCGAACGGCGAUACUUAUCCUGGAGUGCUGCAUCAUCGCUUGUCUGCCAGUCGUCGUUCUUUUCACAUGGAAAUACGGGCACGUGAAGGUGGUGCGGGCGGCCAGUCCGGUUUUGUUGCGCGUGAUCGUCCUGGGCGCCUUCUUCAUAUACUGUACGACCAUAGUUAUGUACCCCAGGCCAAACAUCAUCACGUGCACUGUUCGCGUAUGGUUGCGAGAAAUUGGCUUUUCUCUCACAUACGGGGCACUCAUGCUCAAAACGUGGCGGAUAUCCGUGAUCUUCCGAGUGAAGUCGGCGAAGGCCGUGAAAAUAACGGACGCGAGUCUGCUGAAGCGUCUCGGCAUCAUCGUCCUGACGUUCAGCGUGUUCCUGAGCAUAAGGACACUGGUCGCGCCGCCCGUCGUCAUCGUCGGCCGGACCGCCGACGAUCUCAAGGCGUAUCUCUGCCGGACUGACUGGUGGGACCACAGUUUCACUACUCUCGAGGUGAUGUUCCUCGUGUGGGGCAUCCGCCUGUGCAUCGUAGUAAGAAAAACUCCCUCGGAGUUUAACGAGAGUCGAUUCAUUUCAAUGGCCAUUUACAACGAAUUUCUACUAUCAGUCUUCCUCAACGUUUCAAUGUUGUUCCUGCAAUCGCCGGCCAAUCCCGAUUUAUUGUACAUCAUAUUUUUCUGCCAUACCCAGCUUACCGUCACAUUGCUGCUGUGCCUGAUAUUCGGCAGUAAAGCUUACGUGGUGUUCCGCGGCGGGGGGAAGGAGGAGACGAUCGGAAAACUUUGCGGCGCGACCGGCAAAUUCUUGGGCAAAAGCAGUCGUCCGCAGGGCACCAGUAACCAGACCAACUCUAUAUCGCUUCAGCAGGGUAAUUUUGCCGAGGAGAGCGACUCUGCCACGGAGGAAUUUCGCCGUUUGCUCAACCAGUUAGAAGUCCUGAAGGAGAAGAACAUUUUAUUAGGAAAUCAGGAGUUAGUCAGCAAGCUAGCGGCCAUGCUAGACGCUUCAAAUCGCAUCGAAGCUCAAGUAUCCACCAUUCAAGCCAUUUCGACUAGUAUCAUCCAGUCGAACGAUCUCGAUAAAUCGACGAAGGAAACUAAUCUUGGACAAGCUUGUCAAGGGUCUCAAGAGCAGGAUCGGUCAGGAAACGAUUUACAGAAUGAGAAUCGAUGUCGCGCGUGUAUUGAAAAAAACGGACUCGGGAGGAAGAACAAGCAGGAUCCGUCGAAGGAUAAUGAGAUGUCAGAAUCGAAGAAAAUCGACGAAGACAUCGCCGUGUCGACAUCCUCGGAGCAUGUCGUCGAGGAGGUCGAUAGGGAAGCAUGUCACGGGAGGGAAAGUAAAGAGGCUGACUUAAGGGACAAAUCCAGGAGUAGAUCCGGCCACGCUAGAACACAUGCCAUAGUUAUCAACCUCGACGACAAGAGCAGGUUUUCCGAGGAAGUUACCGUGUAACUCCAUGGUUAAGUGAAAAAUAAACAGCUAGAACAAA